UCUGGCACUGACGCAGUGUGGGAAAUAUCUUGACCUCUUGCAGUAUGGCGGCCAACGUCCUGACGAGUGACGUCACUUGUGCGCGCCGAGCAGCCAGAGAGUUUGCGGAUAUGGCGGAGGAGAAGGAGGCGCUGCAGCGGCAGAUACGCAUGUUACAGGAUCUUAUAACCAGUCACAGGAAUAUCCAUGGCAACGUCCCGGCACCAGUUGCACCCGCCAGUACCCGAUGGAGGAACCCGGCGCAGCCUCCGUACAGAGCACCAGGGGUUUUCCGAGGGGGUCACACUCACAGGGGUCACACGCACAGGGCAAGUAGGUUUAUUGCACCAGCACAGGAGCAGCCUAAACAAGGCUGGAAAAACAAAUACUCUCUUGUGAAUCGAGGUGUAAUGGGGAGCACCAGCACUGCACCUGCUGUUUCCUCCCAUGGGAAUGAGGGGAGCAGAACUGCAACUACAGCACUUUCACCUCUGUGUCUUACUGCAACUGUUGCACACAAGUCUCAGGCAACUUUUAGUGGCCCAGCGGCUGAAAAAUCAAAACUUGCCAGCAAAGAAAGUACAAAGUCUCUCAGCAAAUCCUCUCAGACCGCACUGAGCAAACAGACAAGUGCCAAAAAUCUACCCACAACUGCCAGCACUUCAGCAUCUGCACAACAUGUGGGGAGAGUCACUGAUGGGGGGUCCUCUGUAUCGGGGAAGCAUCGGAAAAUGCCAUGGACUCCCUCAGAGACAGUCCACGUUUCAUCUCAGGAAUCUGUGACGUUACAUUCAGAGCCUUCUUUUCAUAAACCACUCAAUCCUGUAACCUGCACUGCCAGUUCUGACUCUAGAGCCGCCACUCUCGUGAGUGACUUGUCUAAAACUAAUGCAGUUUACAGCCCAACAAAAAACACUGCUGCAUCACCAGCAGCCCCUACUAAACUGCCCAAGACUCGGAAGAAUAAAUACACGUGGGUGGCAAACUCUGCCAAAACCAGUCUUGUCAGCAAAAAACUGUCUCCUGCUUCCAAAAAGCUCAAUGUAGAGAGUGAGAAGGUGAAAUCUCCGGCUGCAUCACUUGUGGCUCCUAAAAAGAAGAGCAGUGUGACCCCAAAGUCUGGCAGUGUGACCCCAAAGUCUGGCAGUGUAACAAACAGAUAUAAGUGGAAGGCAGAGAACUCAGGCCAGACCUCCAGCAAAAAGCCUCAGGAACCCCCAAUACAAACGACUCCUAAAGGCUCCCCCUAUUUAUUAGCAAAGGCCCAAGGGCUCCCGAAUAUUCCCAAGCUGUCGCCCACAGACUCUGGACUGUCUCACUACAAAGUUAGAAGUCGGACAAAAAUUAUCCGGAGAAGAAGCUCUUCAAGGUACUCUCUGUUGUUUAAAAGAAUAAUAUUGGACAAUUAUCUCUGCAUAUUGAUGCACUGUGUUUUAUUAAAGGAUAAGUAAACCUUAAAAAUAAGAGAAUGUAAAAUUG